CGCCACUUUCGCAGUUUUACUUAAAAGCAUUCAAAGACAUCUCCGUUGGAUGGACAGUGCCUGCUGUUGUCAUGCUUAGUUCAUGACAUAUUUUUAAUACUUAGAAUUAAAUGUAUUUUUAUAUGUUGUGCAGACAUGUUCAUUAUUUCUAACGGUUUUAGAAACUCGUUUAAACGUUCUCAUUUUUAUGUACAAAAAACAAACUAGUCGAAUAAACUGUUAUAUUAUCGCUUAAAUCUUGUAUUGGCGCUGUCAGAAUUGAUUCUCUCCUCUCUCGUGGGUUUGUUUACAAGACCACGUUGUUUCUCUUUAAGUAACGCUGAUUGGCCAGAGACUUCCAAAGCUCCGCCUACUAGACGCUGUCAAAGCUAGGAACUGUAUCGGAAGAGUCGAAAAACUCCUUGUAAAUACAUCAAAUGUAUAAACUUACAUUAUGGCAUAACCGCAUGUGAUGCUUAAGGUCCUUGAGCCCCGGAUUUUUUUAACCGGGAAAUCAGGAAAGCGCUCUUUUUUUAAAUAUUUCAACCAAAUGUCGACGCGGCAAUCAGCCGGUCUGAAAACAGUCAACUUUCCUUCAGGUUUAGUGGAAGCUAUUAGACUUGUCCUUUCGAAAUCCAUGCAGCUGAAUGUAGACAAUCCACACACAUGGCCCUUUUAUUAUUUGAGUCUAAAAGCUUGAUGUAAAAUCAAAGUUUGGAGUCAUUUUAAGGCUGAAAGGGGCACGACGCAUGCGCAGUGGCAGCAGGCAGAUGGACUUUAUAUAGCUUGGCGCCAGCUAUUCAUUCAUUCGCACUCAACACUGCGGCGAAAAUAUCCCCAAAUUGUUUAGAAAAUGUCAAAACGCAGUGAUCGUAACACAUUACAAGAAAGUAAUCAAAACAAACCCGAACAGAACAACAAAGUUCAACGGAAAAGGAAGGGAGAGUGCAAUAGAAGGAUCCCUACAGCCAAGAAACAGCACUAUGAAAUUCAGAACCGGUGUUCUGAAGGUGACAUAAGCCCCAGUGUCUUAAUCGAAACGCCUCAGAAGGAGCUUCAAGAGACCAAUAAUCCUUCUGGUUUUAAACGCUUCCAGUUCAAAAACCUCUUUGUAAAACCUUCACCACUGCCAAACCUCAGCUGGGCCAGUUCAGAUGAUGUGUGGAUCAAGAUGCUGAACAAGGAGCUGAAGUACGUACAUGACAAGGGUUUCAUCCAGCAACAUCCAUCCAUGCAGCCCAAAAUGAGGUCAAUUCUUCUUGACUGGCUCAUGGAGGUCAGCGAGGUGUACACGCUCCACCGGGAGACAUUUUACUUGGCUCAGGACAUCUUUGAUCGCUACAUGCUUACUCAGAAUGACAUCGGCAAGGAUCAGCUACAGCUCAUUGGCAUAACCUCACUCUUCAUAGCCUCCAAGAUGGAGGAAAUUUAUCCUCCAAAACUCCAAGAGUUUGCUUAUGUGACUGACGGGGCGUGCAAUGAGGAGGAGAUUCUAGCAAAAGAGCUUGUAAUGUUGAAGGCAUUAAAAUGGGACCUCUGUCCAGAGACGGUCAUCUCAUGGUUGAAGCUCUACACUCAAGUUUACUCUCUACAGGAUGACGCUGAUUUCCUUGUUCCUCAGUUCUCUCAGGAAACUUUCAUUCAGAUCACACAGUUGUUGGAUCUUUGUAUUUUGGACAUUAAUUGUUUGGACUACCAGUAUGGAGUUUUAGCUGCUGCAGCGUUUUGUCACUUUACCUCAUUUGAAACAGUCUAUAAGGUAUCAGGGUUGACGUGGGAGAGUAUAUCAAACUGCGUUCGGUGGAUGAAUCCAUUUGUGAAGACUGUGCGUGAGUGGCCCGGACCGCAGUUGAAAGACUUCAAAAAGGUGACGACAGAAGACCGUCAUAAUAUACAGACCCAUGUGGACUACCUGUCCAUGCUGAGUGAAGCACAUGACCGGCAACAGGACAGUUUGGAUCGAAUGUCUCCAUUGGCUAUAGGGGGAUUAUUGACCCCACCUAAAAGCACAGAAAAGCCUCCUAAUGUGUGAUCGGUAUUGGAACCUGUCCUCACUUACAUACUGUUUUGUCACUAAGGCCUCCCAGUCCAUGACACCCAGAGAGCUGUGUGCGGUACCUCAAUUCAUUCCACAGCUGGGUUUUGUACAGUUGUUUUUGGGAGGUGUAUGUGAAAAAGCGACAGACGACUGAGAAGCUGUAGGUCACAGACUUUCCAGACCUGUGAAGUUAAAGGAAGAGUCCUCUGAGAUGGUUUCUCAAAGCAGUAUUUGAAGUACUCAAAGUGCCUGCCAUCAAAGAAUGGAUAGUAAUCCAUGUAUUAAUCUAGAAUAAGGAAAGUGCAACGUUCUUGCACUUAAAAAAAGUGCAUUUUGCCACGUUGCAAGUUAAAGGGUUGUCUACACAAAUGCUGCUCCUACAUACAACAAAUGUUACAGUUUAUGUUUUGUUAAUUUGAUUUAAUUGUAUUAUGAAUGUGUUGUGAAACUGUUCUGAAUCUACUUUGCCAAUAACUUGGUGCUUGGUCAAACAUGCUUGUUGUACAGGAAAACCCUGUAUGUCGAGUCGGUUAUGGCGAAUGUUUGCUUUUUUUAAAUCUUCUUUGAUUCGUUCCCACGCUACUUCAUUUUCAUAGACAUUCCUGAAAGACUUGACUGUUUUCACCCACUCUGAAGUUUAACCAAACUGAACAUUUUCAAUUAAAUUUGCAUAUUUAUUUUACUAUUGGUAGAUUUUUAGACUUAAUAUUUGAAUUGCAAUUUCUAAAUUCCUCAAUGCCAAAGGCAUAUUUAAUGAAUUUGAGGUGCUUCUUAUUUAUGAAUUUAAUGCUGUAUGUUUAUUGUGUAGCAUAGCUUGAUUUCAAUUUUUUUACUUCUGGAUUUAAGAGCCAGUGUUUGUAAAAUACACUGAACAAAUAAAAACACUGUAAAAUAAUGAAUUGUACAUAAGAUGUAUAUGCUUACAAAUAGCAAUGUCCUAAGUGUUGGAAUGUGAAAAUAUUAAAAGUGAAAUGAG